AUGUCCCAAAUGCCUGAGCCCCGGUUAAUGUGUAGCAUCACGGAGGAGGCUUGCUGUGGAACGAACCCUGAUGACUGUGAUGACGACCAAAUCAUAGUUUCAAGCACACAUGUCCAGUCUCCAGAGCACAAGCAGCGUAUGGCAUUCGGUAUACCAGAGGCCGCCGAGUAUUACAGGAAGUUAUUCCAGGAAACACUGGUUAUGUUGAGGGAGAAGGUUGAAGCAGCAAAGAGCUUACUGGCCGAGGAGCAGGAGAGAAUGGUGAUUAUUCAGGAAGAAGAGCAGAGAUUUGAAGAGAUGAUCAAGGCUGAGUAUAGGACGAGACUCCUUUUGCUGACUGAAGAGAUGGAACUGCAGUCUCUGAGGCUGCCCACCUGCAAAUUUGACCUGGGUUUAAGAAGAGCCAAUCAGAACCAGCUGAUGAAGUUUAGUAGUGACCUCAUGCAGAAGUCCCAGGAAAUGAUACAGAGACUUAGGCACCUGGGGAGAGUGAACGUGAGCAAGCUGAAGGCGAGCGAAGCCUGGGUUUGUGAUCACCUCUGCAGCCUCCAGAAGAUCAUCAUGGAGCUGGAGAAGAAGUGUGGAGAACCUGCCAUAACCCUGAUCCAGAAUGCAAAGUGCUACUUAAAAAGGAGUGAGUCUGCACUGCUUCAGAGCCUAGAGCCAGCUCAGAUCACAGACCUGAGUUCGUGCCAGAUAAUAGGGAUGAGCAAUGCACUACCGAUGCUCCAAAGACAUGUGACUUUGGACCCAGAUACAGCCCACCCCUUCCUAGUCUUAUCUAAGGACCUGAGAAGUGUGGGAUUCAGAGACACACCAAAGAGUGUGCCUGACACCCCAGGGACAUUCGACUUCAGUGCUUCCGUGUUGGGUGCAGAGAGCUUCAACUCUGGGAGGCAUUAUUGGGAGGUGUCGGUGGGACAGGCCACACAGUGGCAGUUGGGCAUAUGUGACUGUACGGAGAAAGAGAACAGCAUGCUGGGGGCUUCUGGAGAUAAAGUUAUGCUCACGGGCUGUAUGAUGGGGGGUGAGUACACCUUCUGGGUGUUUCCUCCCUUAAGAAAGCUCUGCCUGAAAAAGCGAAUGUACAAAGUUGGAGUCUUCCUCGACUUUGGUUAUAAGCAGGUAUCAUUUUACGACGUGACAGAGGGAUCCCUUAUUUAUAGUUUCACUGACCUUACCUUUCGAGGAGCAGUUAAACCUGUAUUUUCUCUUUGUGUUCCAAAUGGAAACACAAGUUCAGACUCUCUUACUCUCAGUCUCCCUCAAACUCAUUCCUGA